GCAACACAUGCCCACUUCCGCUGGUGCAGAACAAUGGACGACCAAUAACAACCCUCAUGGCAGGCUCAGUGGAGCCACCCCAAACUCAGGCGUCGAGCCUUUCCUUUACCCAGGGCUUUCUCGUCGGCCAGCUUUCGAUAGUCGCUCUCAUAAUAUUCUUUAUAAAGUUCUUCAUCUUCGGCGAGCUUCCCCCCGCCGAUGAACGGGCAUUCCAUCUCUCCUCCCUCCGCCGACAACGUACACUUGCACAUCAACGCACCGCCUCAGUGUCCCUCCGACGGAAAGCCUCGUCUGUACUGAGGAAUCCUCCUGCGCCUCUAACUGCCGCCUCAAUCCUUGCGAAAACAUACUAUAAUGUUCAUGGCCACCAGCCAGAAAGCCUGGACUGGUUCAACGUCCUGAUUGCGCAGACACUUGCACAACUGCGAGCUGAUGCCCGACAGGAUGAUGCUGUCGUCACAUCACUCACAAAGGUCAUGAAUGGGCCUGGCAAACCAGAUUUUGUAGGAGACAUCAAGAUCACGGAGAUUGCCCUGGGAGAUGAGUUUCCGAUCUUCAGUAACUGCAGGGUCAUACCCGUGGAAGAAGGCGGGCUUGGAAGCUCACUUGACGGUGCUGGAGGAGAAGGGGGAAGACUCCAGGCACGUAUGGAUGUGGACCUCAGCGAUGUCAUCACUUUAGGUGUAGAGACCACGCUCAGACUGAAUUAUCCGAAGCCACUGGUCGCAGUGCUUCCUGUUGCGCUCGCCGUAAGCGUUGUAAGAUUCAGUGGAACUCUCGCACUCUCAUUCAUACCUUCCUCGCCCGCACCUGAGUCUGAUCUGCCCUACACACCCACAAAUUCUGCCCAUCCACCCCACAAACCCACCUCACAAACCCCAUACCAAACACAGUCUGACCCCAAUUCAGCCCGUCCGCCCACCACUCUCGCAUUCACUUUUCUCGACGAUUACCGCCUCGAUCUCUCCGUCCGCUCCCUCGUCGGCUCACGUUCGCGCCUCCAAGACGUGCCCAAAAUAGCACAGCUCGUCGAAUCACGUAUCCAUGCCUGGUUUGACGAGCGCGUCGUCGAGCCGCGCUUCCAGCAGAUCAUCCUCCCCAAUCUAUGGCCCCGCAAGAAGAAUACGCGUGGUGGCGCCGACGACGACGAAUUGGCAGUCGAGGACGACCUGGACGAGUUGGGAACCCCACUCGGAAAGGGCACACCAAGAACGAGGGGACGUAGACGAAGCAGCGCUGCACUGCGAAGGAGAGGCACAGCAGAAAGCGGUGCACAGACCGGUUUCGCGGAGAGGAUGGAGGCCGAAGGCCAGAGAUUGAGAGAGGCAGAGGAACGCGCUGGCAUUCGGCCGCGGGCCGCGGGGAGUGGUCAUGAGAGGACUAGAGACAGGAGUUCUGAUCUGAGGUAUAGAUCUAGGCCUGGACCGAGCGUGAAUGUGACGAGCUCAAGGGAUGCUGCGGAAUGGGCGAUGCCCGGGCCUAUGCCAAGCGGAAUCUAGCAUGGACAUCUGCAUAAGCAUAUUUGACUAGGAAACUUGUAUGCAGAUAGUGAAAGAAACAAAUCAACAUGAAAAGCGUGAUAACUCGUUAACUUUCUCCUAGAGCCGCGCGUCUCCAUGCCCGUUAAUCUUGUAUUACAUGUAGGCUGGACGUCGAGCUUGGGUAUACUCAGCACCAGUCGAGACCACACAUCCAUUGGCCUUGGGAGGCAUCGGUACGUAAAUGAAUGGUUUGGAUUUGUGUGGGACACAUUCCAACAUAACAGAAAGAUCAGCUUUCAUUAGAUACCAUUAGAUGUCUUUGGUAGAGACAAGAGUCGUAGACCACAGCACCGGACAUGCAGCCGCAGAGGGUAUGUACCAUGGUGACGCUGCGAGCUGGUCUUUUUGUUUAUUACCUUAUUAAAAGAUCACAACGAGAUCAAUAGGGGGCGACACAGA